AUGGCAGGUUAUGCUUUGAAAAGGCUAAUGACAGAAUAUAGAGAAUUAACUAAUCGACCUCCUGAAGGAAUCAUUGCUGCUCCGAUCGAUGAUGAAAAUUUUUUUGAAUGGGAAUGUCUUAUAACAGGGCCUGAAGACACAUGCUUUGCAAACGGUGUUUUUCCUGCUCGCAUAUCUUUUCCUCAAGACUAUCCGUUAAGCCCUCCUAAAAUGCGUUUUUGCUGUGAUCUUUUCCAUCCUAACAUAUAUCAGGAUGGUCGUGUUUGUAUUUCUAUUCUUCAUGCCCCUGGAGAUGACCCAACCGGAUAUGAAAGCUCCUCAGAAAGGUGGAGUCCAGUACAAUCGAUUGAAAAAAUUUUGUUGAGCGUUGUGAGCAUGCUCGCAGAGCCUAACGAUGAAUCGCCGGCCAAUGUGAAUGCAGCUAAGAUGUGGAGAGAAGACCGAGCACAGUUUGAGCGUAUAGCUGACAAUUUGGUCAGAAAAACGUUAUGUUUACCGCAAGCUUCGAAUGAAUAA